UGAGAUAUGGAAGAGAAGAGACAACAUCCAAGCGCGCGCUCUCAUUACGGCUCUCACUCAUGCUCACCAUCUUUGCCAAUGUGGUAGUAGUUUAGUGGCGUGGAAGCGGCUACUCUCUUAAUUUCUCUUUCGCACGCAUUUUCAAACGAUUCUGAACGAAACGCAACACCAGGCACCUCCACCAAUAUCGCGUGGAACAGCAUGAGCACGCAUCCGUCGUCAUGGUACCGCCGUGCUACUGCUGCUGCUGCUGCUGUUGGGUUAGCAUAGCCGUCGUGGCGGUUUCAUCCUUUCAGUUACGUGGGGCUGCUGGAGACAAACGGAUCUUUAAAGACACCACUGACGAACCAGUGUCGCGUAAUCUGCGUUGAUUUGGUUAGUGAUUUGGGUCUUUGGGUUGUUGAGGUGAUGAUAACGAGUUGAAUGGUUCGGUAAACGGUGCAUUGAGGCGAUAAUGAAAAGGCGAUAAUACUGUUUUAAGAAGUGCGUGCAGGGCAGCUGCCUUAGGCCUUAGAAAGGGGAAAUCAAAGUAACGCCUGGUGACAUAUUACACGGAUGUGAAAGUACGUGUGUUUUACGAUCGGCUGCAUUGUGUAUGUAUGAGCAACAAGCGUCCAACAUCCAAUUGGGUGUUGAAUAAAUAAUCCGGAGCCAGCUUCUUUUACGGGCAUGGUGCAGGAAGUGGAUAAUUGAAUGUACAAACAUUAAUCUGCACCACCAGUCCGUCCGGGUAAUUGCAGUGGGAGGGCUGUUACCCACACGCCAGGACCAGAUCAGACCAGACCAGAUACGAUGAUCCAAGACUUGGAGGAGCUGCUGCGCGUUAAUCUCGCGAAAGCGAACGGCAGCGUCUACGGUCAAACGUCAGCGGCCGAUGCUGCAGGCAGCGUUGGCGAUGGACAGGAUGGGCAAAUUCAGUUCGAUCGGCUCGAGUUCGAGAGUCCGGAAGAUUUGAUGCGCCAUCUGUACUAUACGUGUAUGCGACCGAACGCUACCGAGCCGACUUGGACCACCGAUGGUAGUACGCCAUUUUGUCCCCGCCGGUUCGACGGGUGGUCCUGCUGGGAACCGACAAUGGCGGGUACGGUGGCGGAAAAUUUUUGUCCAAAGUUUGUGCUAGGCUUUGAUCCACGUCGAAUGGCCUAUCGUACAUGUCAUGAGAAUGGGUCCUGGUUCGUUCACCCGCUCUCCGGCAGGGAAUGGUCCAACUACACCAACUGUAUCGACACGGAAGAUAUGCAGCUUCGUCGGUUGGUGAACGACAUUUACAUCGGUGGAUACACGGUUUCCUUCUUAACGCUAAUUAUAUCGCUGUGUAUCUUUCACAGCUUUCGAACGCUAAAAUGCACCCGCAUACGGAUCCACAUCCAUUUGUUCACCUCAUUGGCACUGAGCUGUCUGUUUUGGAUCGUCUGGUACAAGUUUGUCGUCGAGGAUCCGGACGUCCUGCAUGCAAAUACGAGCUGGUGCGUCGGACUGCACAUACUGCUGCACUACCUGAUGCUGGUUAAUUAUUUCUGGAUGUUCUGCGAAGGGUUACACCUGCAUCUUGUGCUCGUUAUAGUCUUCAUCAAGGAUAUUGUCGCAAUGCGUUGGUUUGUCACGAUCGGCUGGAUAUUGCCGGUGGCGCUGGUGACCCUCUACGCCCUCGUCCGCAACACGCAGCCACUCGAUACGGAGCACUGCUGGAUGAACGAGAGCCAUGCGAUGUGGUUGCUGACGGUUCCGGUUUGCUUUUCGUUGGUCACCUCGCUGGUCUUUCUUAUCAAUGUCGUCCGAGUGCUGCUGACGAAGCUAAGCUCCACCUCGCCCCAUCCAGCGCCGCUCGGUCUCCGGAAAGCCACCCGUGCAACUUUGAUUCUCAUUCCCCUGUUCGGGCUGCAGCACAUCCUGCUGCCGCUGCGGCCGGAGAAAGGAUGCUCGCUGGAACGGUACUACCAGAUCGGAGCCGCCCUGCUGAUCAGCCUGCAGGGCCUGUGCGUUUCUUGUUUGUUCUGCUUCGCUAACCACGACGUAAUCUUUGCGGUACAGUGCUACCUGAGCCGAUUUUUCCCCGACCUUGUGACACAUCCAUUUCUCGAGAGCAACGGAGGGCAACCGGCCACGCAGAGCCGGGAUGUGGUCGUAUGACUACUGAACGUUCGCCGCUCCACACCGACGAGCGUAAGCCAGCGCGACCCGGCGCCCCAGGGGGGACAGUGCGCCGUAUGAAGUGGUGGUGGUAGUGACUUUCCAGCCAUUCCCAGCCAACCCUUCCCCCUCUCUGCUCUAUCUUUUGCCGUCUUCCCGUGCUUUCGCCCUGACGGUUAAUAAAGUCGCGGUGGGUGUCCUUGCGACGGUAGGAUUUUCGGGUUAAACUCACAUGAUGUAUCGCUGGAACCGGUAGAUGUUCACAUUUCGGUGUUUCUGUGGUGAAUAACGUCGAUGAACAAAUGUAGUGUUUCAUCUCGUGCUCGUGCUCGUAGGUUAACGUAGGUUAGGUUAAAGUUUACUGCUACGUUCAGAAAACUAAAAUAUAUUUAAAGUCAUAGCCAGCACACUCAAAAACAAACACACGUUCAUAGUAUUAGACGAGCUGGAGGAUGCAUCCUGAAGCAACACAUCCGGUGCUGGAAGAAAGCAAGAGAAAUAAAGAAUAUUUUUAUUUAUCGGA